CCACUCGGUCGCCGAGCCCGCCCUCCCGGCUUCCGGGGCUCGCGGCCCGCCCGCCGCCCUCCCGUCUCUCCGUGCGGAGCCGUCUGGCCGGCUCUCGCCGGCUCCAGGCCACCCCCGCGGGCCGCGCGAAUCCCUCCGGUUUCGGCGGCGGUGGAGGUCGGCGCGAAAGGGUGUGCGUUGGGCGGCGGGCCCGGCUCCUGCAGCUCCGCCGGCCACCGCUGGGGGCUGCCGCGCCGGAGAGCUCGGCGGGGACGGUGCGCACCGCCCGAGGUUCUCGGGCGCCUCCGGCCGCCGGGCUUUCUCCACCGCCGGCUCCGCGCUGCCUCCGCAGCCGGCCCGGCUCCCUGCCGGAUCCGUGCGUGUGAUCGCUGUGCGUGUGUGUGUGUGUGUGUGUGUGUGUCCGGGUGCGCGCGUGUGCGCGCGCGCGGGGGGCGGUGUGCACGCGGGGAGUGCGGGGGAGUGUGUUUGUGUGUGUGCGUGUGGGUGUGAGUGCCUGGCUCUCUCUCGCUGAGACACACACACACACACACACACACACACGCACACACGCACACCCCGGCUGGCUCGCCUGAACUUGAAGACACCCCACAUUCCGAGAUGCCCGAGGUCCCUGGGAAUGCCCCGGGUUCUUCGAUCUGGAAAAUCCUACCGGCGUCUUCCUAGGGGGGGAUUAUCUUAUUUUUGGUUUUGGGGGGUUUUUGUUUUUUGUUUUUUUAAUCUGGAAGAGAAGAGAACAAGUUGUGCUUUUCCCUCCGUUCUUUUCGCUAAAUGCUGUGGAUAUAACUGAAUAAGCCGCUCAGGGCUCUCCCCGCGUGGACGUCCGAGGCCACCAUCUGCCUGCGUUCGCCGGAGCCGGAGGGCUUAGCUCGAGCCUGUCUCGGGCGGGGAAGGAUGCGUGGCCGAGCCGGGGAGCCCGGGCGCCCCGCGGAGCCGGCCUCGGAGCCUCCCAGCCAGGGGUAGAUGCUGCCUCGCCCAGGCACCACGGCCUGAGUGACCAGACCAUGGAGACCCUGCUUGGUGGCCUGCUGGCGUUUGGCAUGGCGUUUGCCGUGGUCGACGCCUGCCCCAAGUACUGUGUCUGCCAGAACCUGUCUGAGUCACUGGGGACCCUCUGCCCUUCCAAGGGGUUGCUCUUCGUGCCCCCUGACAUUGACCGGCGGACGGUGGAGCUGCGUCUGGGUGGCAACUUCAUCAUCCACAUCGGCCGCCAGGACUUCGCCAACAUGACGGGGCUGGUGGACCUGACCCUGUCCAGGAACACCAUCAGCCACAUCCAGCCCUUCUCCUUCCUGGACCUCGAGAGCCUCCGCUCCCUGCACCUGGACAGCAACCGGCUGCCCAGCCUCGGGGAGGACACCCUGCGGGGCCUGGUCAACCUGCAGCACCUCAUCGUCAACAACAACCAGCUGGGUGGCAUCGCCGAUGAGGCCUUCGAGGACUUCCUGCUGACACUGGAGGACCUGGACCUCUCCUACAACAACCUGCACGGCCUGCCCUGGGGCUCCGUGCGGCGCAUGGUCAACCUGCACCAGCUGAGCCUGGACCACAACCUGCUGGACCACAUUGCCGAGGGGACAUUUGCCGACCUGCAGAAACUGGCUCGCCUCGACCUCACCUCUAACCGGCUGCAAAAGUUGCCCCCGGACCCCAUCUUCGCCCGCUCCCAAGCCUCCGCCCUGACUGCCACGCCUUUUGCUCCACCCUUGUCCUUUAGUUUUGGGGGGAACCCGCUCCACUGCAACUGUGAGCUGCUCUGGCUGCGGAGGCUCCAGCGGGACGACGACCUGGAGACCUGCGGCUCCCCCGGCGGCCUCAAGGGCCGCUACUUCUGGCACGUGCGAGAGGAGGAGUUUGUGUGCGAGCCGCCUCUCAUCACCCAGCACACGCACAGGCUGCUGGUUCUGGAGGGCCAGGCGGCCACGCUCAAGUGCAAGGCCAUCGGGGACCCCGGCCCCCUCAUCCACUGGGUGGCCCCUGACGACCGCUUGGUGGGGAACUCCUCAAGGACCGCCGUGUACGACAACGGCACCCUGGACAUCCUCAUCACCACGUCCCAGGACAGCGGCGCCUUCACCUGCAUCGCCGCCAACGCCGCCGGGGAGGCCACGGCCAUGGUGGAGGUGUCCAUCGUCCAGCUGCCACAUGUCAGCAACAGCACCAGCCGCACGGCGCCCCCCAAGUCCCGCCUCUCGGACAUCACUGGCUCCAGCAAGACCAGCCGGGGAGGGGGAGGCAGUGGGGGCGGGGAGCCGCCCAAAAGCCCCCCGGAGCGGGCUGUGCUCGUGUCUGAUGUGACUACCACCUCGGCCCUGGUCAAGUGGUCGGUCAGCAAGUCGGCGCCCCGCGUGAAGAUGUACCAGCUGCAGUACAACUGCUCUGACGAUGAGGUACUGAUUUACAGGAUGAUUCCAGCCUCCAACAAGGCCUUCGUGGUCAACAACCUGGUGUCAGGAACCGGCUACGACCUGUGCGUGCUGGCCAUGUGGGACGACACGGCCACGACGCUCACAGCCACCAACAUCGUGGGCUGCGCCCAGUUCUUCACCAAGGCUGACUACCCACAGUGCCAGUCGAUGCACAGCCAGAUCCUGGGUGGCACCAUGAUCCUGGUCAUCGGCGGCAUCAUCGUGGCCACACUCCUGGUCUUCAUCGUCAUCCUCAUGGUGCGCUACAAGGUCUGCAACCAGGAGGCCCCGGGCAAGCUGGCAGCUGCCGCGGUCAGCAACGUGCACUCGCAGACCAACGGGGCCCCGCCGCCCCCUCUGGCCAGCGCGCCCGGCGGGGCGCCCGUGCCGGGGCCGCCCAAGGUGGUGGUGCGCAACGAGCUCGUGCACUUCAGUGCCAGCCUGGCCCGAGGCAGCGACUCCUCUUCCUCCAGCUCCCUGGGCAGUGGGGAGGCCGCAGGGUUGGGACGGGGCCCCUGGAGGCUCCCCCCGCCUGCUCCCCGCCCCAAGCCCAACCUUGACCGCCUGAUGGGGGCCUUUGCCUCCCUGGACCUCAAGAGUCAGAGAAAGGAGGAGCUGCUGGACUCCAGGACUCCGGGCGGGAGAGGGUCUGGGACAUCGGCCAGGGGCCACCACUCGGACCGAGAGCCGCUGCUGGGGCCGCCUGCGGCCCGGGCCAGGAGCCUGCUCCCCUUGCCCCUGGAGGGCAAGGCUAAGCGCAGCCACUCCUUCGACAUGGGGGACUUUGCCGCUGCGGCUGCGGCAGCCGGAGGGGUCGCCCCGGGUGGCUACAGCCCCCCUCGGAGGGUCUCGAACAUCUGGACAAAGCGCAGCCUCUCUGUCAACGGCAUGCUCUUGCCCUUUGAGGAGAGUGACCUGGUGGGGGCCCGGGGAACAUUUGGCAGCUCCGAGUGGGUGAUGGAGAGCACGGUGUAGGCCCGUGGGGCGGGAGGUGGGGGGGUGGGGAGGCUCCUCCUCUCACCCUUGCAGGGUGGAUAAAGGGGAAAGAAUCUAUACUGGCAAGUCUUUGUGGAGUUUCCAUGGUGAUGUUUACAUCCAGGGACAGUCUCGUCUCCCUGUCAACGCCCCCACCACCACCCACACCCCCUUCCAGGCCUGUCCCCCACCCACCCACCCAGCCGGGGUGUGCUCAGGGAAAGCGGACUCAAUCGCUAAAAUGUCGGACUGAGCCCUGAGUGUUUGGAAAGGCGGACUCCCUCCUUUCUAAUCACGAAUGUAGCGUGUAAGCAAGCGGCUUUGGAUUG